AUGGGGCGGCGCCAGACAGGAGUACCGUACCUGCGGUCUGCGCCAGGAGAUCAGUGGUCCUGGCGGCUGCAUCUCCAAAGCAGUUGGACACAAGGAGUGAGCUUCCUGGUGUCGGUGAAGGCGCCCCGAGACAUCUUCCUCUUCCUGGGGCAGAAAGGGCAGAUCGGGUACGAGAUUCUGCUGGGCGCCUUUGAGAACACCCGCAUCACCCUCUCCAGGGGAUACGUGCGAGAAGCGCAGUAUGACAACUUUGGGCCCCCCACCGCGGUGGUGUCCUAUGCCACGGCGGAUCGCGCGCCCAUCUUGGACCCGAUGGCCUUCCGCACCUUUUGGGUGGAUGCGGACCCCUUGACGCACGUGAUCCGCGUUGGAGCGCAGGAGAUUUUCGGGCACAACGUCUUGAUCGAGUACACUGACAACAACUUCCUGCAGAACCUGAAUACCGUGCUGCUUGGCGCCGGCUACUGGAGUGCAGGCGGCAGCAAUCGCGACGUGUUGCCGGAGGCAUACGUGUGCCCAAGGCCGGGCAACCUCCUGCUGGGCAGGUUCAUCCAGUCGAGCUCUGUGGCCUUUAAUGGUUCACCAGACAAGGCGGUGGACGGGCAGUGGGGGAGCAACACCUUCUGCGAGUACUGCGCCCACAAAGAUCCAUUGCACGUGUGCGCUUCAACUCGGCGCCAGGACAUUUACAACCCGCCCUUCUUCCGCAUUGCGAUGGGAGAGGUCUUCUACUUCAUCCAGUCCGUGCGCCUGGUGGUGCCCACAGAUGGCCGCCCGGAGCAGUCCGCGGACUGGUCCAUCCAUGUGGGAGAGGCGGGCUUCCGCUCGGACUCCUUGUGCACGGUGAUCGCGGACGCCCGGGGCGACAACGUCUGGCCCUGCAAUCCCGACAUCAACACCUUGGGCAAGUUCGUGAGCGUUUGGGGCAGCGUGCACCAGCUCAAGGUUCUCCCCGAGGAGUUCGGUAUCCGGAUCUGCGAAAUCGAAGCCUACGCCAGAGAGCAGACCACGCGCCUGCUGGACAUCCAAAACAAGUUCGAGUUGGCUCAGGGACUGCCAGCCUCCUUCCCCGACGGAAGCUCGCAGAGCAUCCAAAUCGAGGGGCUGCAGCCCAACAAGAGCUACGAGGUCUUUUGCUAUGGCGAAGAUAUGUACGGCAACCAGCAGUACAGCACCACGGAUCCCAUCACCUUUGUGACCACCGAAGAUACCACGGCACCGAAGCUGCGCAUCAACCACAUCUACCCAGAUGACCUGUCCAUCACCGUAGAGGUUGGUCUCGACGACCCUGGCAACGCCUAUCCCGCGCUGGCACGGUGCAUGGCCACCACACAGGAGGGAAAGGCUCCCCAGGAGCACGAGGUCUACUUCGAGCACCGCUUCUGGCGAAUUCGCUUCAACACUCAGUACACGGACCUGGAGCCGGCCUGCGCGGAUCGGGUGCUGUUGCGGGUGCUGCAGCUGCAGAGCUGGGCCGGCGAGACCUUCCAGAAGUUCAGCUGGAGCUCCGACCCGGGAGCUCCACCCGAGACGAUCGGACUGGACACCGAUGGUGACCGCCUCAUCGACUCCUUCGAGAUUGCCCAGUGGUCGCUGCCUGCGCAGGAUGCUUGGGUGGGCAUCGACUUGCUGCACCAGCCAGAGACUGUCUCACGCAUGAGGUCCCGUGGCUUCCUGUUGCAGGGGGACCUGGCAGUGGCCAUACGGUGGGAAGGCAACGUGGAUGAUUUGGACCUGUCGGUGAUCGGCCCAGGCUCGAUGUACGACGAUUUGAACCUCACCGAGGCGGAGAUCCGCGUCACGGACUUCGGGAGCUACGUGGUGGCCUGCUACCCCGGAGACGGAUGCACCACCCCGGUGCUGGGCGCGCAGUUUGUGCUGGCCACGCCUGGCAGGUACAACGUGGCAGUCUACAGGCGAGGCAUGAACACGGCCGCUGACUUGCAGAUCUCUGCGCACGUGCGCCUCUGCGGAGAGGAGCUGGAGUACCACCUGACCUUGGCAGCGGAGGAUCAGAAUGACACGAUCGUGUCCGGUCUGCGUGUGCCAUUCACCGGGUGCCAUCGCCAGCUCCGCAGCAAAGUGGACAACCUGCGGAACUGGCAAAGCUCGGUCUUCGACGGGGGCAACUCGGAGGCCACCAUGUGGUACAUGGCGGACACGGAUGAGACCACCUGCAUGGAGACGGGGGGCAUGGACUUGAGCAGUGACCCGAAGCCCUGGUGGCGGAUGAGCCUGGAGCGCACGCAGCUGCUGCAGGGCAUUUGGCUGGCGGGUCUGCCGGGCAGCGGCGUGGCGGAGAUGGCGGACAUCUUCGUGUCUCCGAGCACCACGAGUGACGUGUCGGCGGUAGUGGACCUCGACAGCUACAACGGCCAGAGAUUUUCUACGUCUACAACGAGACCACGCGCUAUUGCUACCGAGUGA